AUGAUCACAAAAAAUCCUUCAAUUGUUGCCGGCGAUAUACGUAUGUUUAAUGCUGUAGAUAUUCCUGCUUUGCAUCAUCUUUGUGAUGUUGUUGUUUUUCCACGCUAUGGACCUAGACCACAUACAGAUGAAAUGGCUGGUUCUGAUUUGGACGGCGAUGAAUACACCGUGAUUUGGGAUGAGCAACUUUACCUUGAUAAAAAUGAGGAUGCAUUUGAUUACACUUGCAAGGCUCAAGAAGCAGCGGCAAUAAGUGAGAAAGACUUACGUGAUAAAAUGGCAGAAUUUUUUGUUGACUAUAUUAAACAGGACUCCAUUGGUCGUAUUGCAAAUGCAUUCUUAGUCAAUUCAGAUUUAUAUGGCAUCAAAAGUGAAAUUUGUAUGAGAAUAGCUGCAAAACAUAUGGAAGCAGUUGAUUUUCCCAAGACUGGCGUUCCACCCCAGUCUCUUACUAAAAAUUGGGAGCCUGAAAAGCCUCCCGGUGAAAAUGGAGAACCGGGUCAGCCAGCAAUGCCUCCAGAGCGCGCUGAACGUUCGCCAGAUUUUAUGGAGAAAAAUAACGAACCCAUGUAUAUAUCGUCACGUUUGAACGGCCAACUUUAUAGAAGAGCAAAAGAAAUUGACGACAUUCUGACAAUUGCUACUCAGGAUGAAGAGAUGGCAAAUAUCGAACUAGAUCCAUUAAUCACUUACCCUGGUUGUGAUGAUCCAGCAAUGCUUGAUUUGGCACAACAACAUUAUGAAUCUUACUCGGCAAAUAUUCAGAACGUUCUCGACUGUUAUGGAAUUAAAGCCGAGGGUGAACUGUUCUCUGGACAUUUUGCUUCGUUGCGAAAUCGGCUUAGUGAUAAGGAUAGUGACGAUAUGAGUUUUUACAACACUACCAAUGCAAUUGAGCAGCAAUUGUUCAGCAUUUUUAGUCGUUUUCGGCGUCAAUUCUUUGAAACUUCCUUUAAUAAUAAUCCUGCCUAUCGGUAUGAAGAUGUCACAGUUCCUGUUCAUUCUUAUGCUCGUACAAAUGGCGUAAAGGAUGUUUUUCGACGCAUAUGUAUUGAUCCAACUGAUGACUUCAAAAGAUUAGCUUGUGCUUACUACCAAAUUUCAUAUAAUUCUACAACUCAUCAUCUUCUUUCUUUUCCAUGGCUUGCUUGGGAUGUGAUUAACGCGCUUCGACGAGUGAAUGCUGUUAAUUCACUGAAAUCUGACAAUCGUUAUUCUUUUGAUCCAUUAAGCGAUAAAAUCUCAGAACAUAUUGAGGAAUAUCUUUUAAACAGAAAAAAACAAUUUAGUUCGUAAAAGUCAUGCAAUCUCCAGAAAGUAUGCCAUCUGAAGAUCAAGAGGCAUACAGAAUACUUAAUCUUUACUGUUUAAAUUAUGAAGGAUUGGACAAACUUCUUUUCUAUUGUGUGAAGUGGGCAAGAAUGUGGCGACUUUUGGGUGACGGUCAGAGUGGAAUAACACAAUUACAUAUUUGUAUAUUGCUUAUCCAAUUUGGUCUUAAUCAUUUGCCUUGUGAGGCGAUUGAAUCUCGACCAUUUUGGCUUGAACAG